AUGGCGACCAGCAUGCGCGGACUGACCCAGUUCAUCGCGGAUAUUCGCGGGGCUAGGGUCAAGGAACUUGAGGAAAAAAGGAUCAAUAAAGAGAUGGCCAAUAUCCGUAAAAAGUUCAAAGACGGUAACUUGGACGGGUACCAGAAGAAAAAAUAUGUGGCCAAGAUUAUCUUCACAUAUAUCCUGGGGUACAAGGUCGAUGUGGGGCAUAUGGAGGCUAUCAAUCUUAUUUCCAGUUCCAAAUACAGUGAAAAGCAGAUAGGAUACCUUGCCGUAACACUCCUAAUGCACGAAAACUCUGAUUUCUUGCGACUUGUCGUCAAUUCGAUUCGGAAAGAUCUUGAUUCAAAUCAUGAAGUUGACAAUUGUCUCGCUCUGCACGCCAUUGCAAAUGUCGGUGGGAGUGAAAUGGCCGAAGCUCUGGUAGAAGACGUGCAUCGUCUACUCAUUUCCCCCACUUCUCAGAAUUUUGUGAAGAAGAAAGCGGCAUUAACACUCCUGAGACUGUAUCGCAAACACCCAGAGGUCAUUCCCGCUGCUGAAUGGGCCGCCAGAAUUGUCUCUAUCAUGGAUGAUCAAGACCUGGGCGUCGUGAUAUGCGUCACUAGCUUGGUUAUGGCGUUAGCCCAGGACCAUCUAGACGCGUAUGCUGUGUGCUAUACGAAAGCCGUUGAUCGACUCCAUCGUCUCGUCAUUGAUCGAGAAUAUGCCGCAACUUAUGCGUACUAUAAAGUGCCCUCUCCCUGGCUUCAGGUCAAACUCCUUCGAUUACUUCAGUAUUAUCCCCCUUCUGAGGAUCCCACCAUCAUUGCAGUACUACAACAGGUGCUCCAAACUAUCAUGAACAACUGUGCCGAACCAUCUCGUAACGUUCAACAUAAUAAUGCUCAACAUGCCGUGCUGUUUGAAGCUAUCAGUCUUGCCAUUCACUUGGAUACAAACUCACCUCUGGUAGGAACCGCUGCAGUCCUUCUGGCCCGGUUUAUUUCUUCAAAAGAAACCAACGUCAGGUACCUGGGACUUGACACCAUGGCCCAUCUUGCUGCUCGAGCUGAAUCACUAGAACCUAUAAAGAGACAUCAGAACACCAUCAUUCUAUCCCUCCGCGAUAAAGACAUAUCGGUUCGACGCCGCGCUUUGGACCUGUUGUAUUCCAUGUGUGAUGUUGACAACUCGGAAUUAAUUGUAGGAGAACUCCUGCGAUACCUCAGAGUGGCUGAUUAUGCAUUAAGGGAAGAAAUGGUCCUCAAAAUUGCCAUUCUGACAGAGAAAUACGCCAACUCAUAUAAAUGGUACGUCGACAUGAUUCUUCAGCUGAUCAGCACGGCUGGAGAACAUGUUGGCGACGAAGUAUGGUACAGAGUGGUGCAGAUAGUCACGAACACCGAGGACCUUCAGGAAUAUGCUGCUAAAGCCGUAUUUGAGCAUCUGAAGGCACCAUCAACACAUGAAAGUCUCGUCAAAGUUGGGGGCUAUAUUCUGGGUGAAUACGGUCAUCUCAUUGCAAACGAACCGGGUUACAGUCCAAUCGAACAAUUUCAACUACUUCACUCAAAAUCUCAAUUCUGCGUUGCAUCUACCCGUGCCCUGCUUCUAUCUACCUAUAUCAAAUGGGUAAAUGUUUUCCCAGAAAUAAAACCUCAACUCUUGAACAUUUUCGAACGUUACCGGCAUGUGCUUGAUGCAGAGCUACAGCAACGUGCAUGUGAAUUCUACGCUCUGGCCUCGCGGCCAGAUGAAGACGAAUUCCUACAGAAUAUUUGUGAAGAAAUGCCUCCUUUCCCUCCUAGAGUCAGUGCAUUACUUGGCAGUCUCAACCGAAAACAUGGUGAUACAGGCGACAAACGAAUUUGGGUACACGGCGGAAAAGAAGCAAAUUUAGAUCGAGAAAUUACAAAGCGUAAAACUUUAAUGGUGGAUGUCUCGGGCAAUGACAACACAUCUUCAACUUCAGCAAAUGGACAGGGUGAAAUCCUGAAUUCCUUGGCAGGCUUGGAUCUAUCAGCCUCACCCAAUCCUUCAUCAUCAUUGCCUUUGAUAGAUAAUAUCGAGAAGGGGCCCCGGUUGACUGUUGGACCGAAUGUGGAGCGAUGGUUCGAGAAGCUCACAUAUGUAGCUGAAGGUGUCCUCUACGAAGACGUACAGAUUCAGGUCGGCAUCAAAUCGCGUUAUCAAGGACACAUAGGCCAACUAGCUGUAUACCUUGGCAACAAAGUUGAUGCACCGCUCACUUCUUUUACUGCAACUUUACAUGUUCCCGAUUCAGAAGCCCUCUCUGUGUCUUUUGCAAAAAUACCUCCAACCACUAUCGGACAGAGGAGCCAGUCACAACAACUCCUUCACGUAGAGUGCAAAAAGGUCUUCACUGCACCGCCAAUCCUCACAGUCUCUUAUCUAGCGGGAUCACACCAAAGUAUUUCGGUGCGACUUCCAAUAGUCCUCAGCAAAUUUUUUGAGCAUGUGAAACUCGGUCAAACGGAUUUCUUCGAGCGAUGGAAGCUUAUUGGGGGCGAACGCGAGGCCCAGAGCAUCUUUCCUAUUGGCUUGACUUCAGCUGGCCAAUUAGACCUAACAAGAAACCGACAAGUAGUAUCGGGUUAUGGUUUGAAUAUUCUGGAGGAUAUUGACCCAAACCCAAACAAUCUGGUUGCUGCGGGUGUACUUCACAUGUCUGUCGAAGGGAAGGUUGGUUGUCUCCUGAGGUUGGAACCUAACAAAGAUGCAAAGCUUUGUCGAUUGACGGUACGCAGUACUUCUGGAGACGUAGCCACGGAAGUACAAAAACUAGUACAAAAACCACUACAAGUAGCACCAUGA